AUGUGGGCAGACAGAAAACAGACAGAGGAAGGGAGGCACGGUGGCUGGGAAGAAAUGGAAGAAACGAAGAUGAAGACUUUCACCUCUCUUACACAGGUUUCCCGACAAAUGAGGGAAGAAGGUGAGAGUAAAAAGAAGAAUGAACGAAAGAAAGGGGGAAAAUGUGUCCUCGACUUGCGUGAAGAGGCUCGCGGGUCCCGGAGUCGAGAGUCGCCAGCCUCACCGACCUGCCACGGCUUCGCAUGCAGCUCCCGCCCCGGCCGUCCUCCGAAGCGCUGUUCUGGUGCAGGGAUCCAGGAAAGCCCCAGGCUGCUGCACCCGGGCCUCCCCGGCCUGCUGUCGCCCAACCUGCUGUCACACACUGGUCUGACUGCAGCAGCCAUGGCUGAGCUCCAGAAGCUCCAGAAGAUGAAGAUGAUGAUGACUCUGCAGAACGGCAACGAGUCCGACAACGAUGAUCUUCACUCCAACGCAGGAGGCAGCGAGUGUUCCUGGGACAAGGAGCGUCUGACCAGCCCUCCUGCUGGAGCACACGGCGGAGGAGGAGGAGGAGGGGGAGGAGCACCAGCAGUAGGAGGUGGAACUGGAGGAGGGGGAGGGGCAGGAGGAGGAGCAGGUGGGAGGGGCCCGGCCAUGGGAGCUGUCAAUCAGCAACAGCUCCAGCAGCAGCAGCAGCAGCAGCAGCAGCUACUGGCCAACAGGUUGGACCUGCCGUUCAUGAUGAUGCCCCACCCUCUGCUACCCAUGGGUUUGCCUCCUGCGUCUGUAGCCAUGGCGAUGUCACAGAUGAAUCACCUCAGUACCAUUGCAAACAUGGCAGCUGCAGCCCAGCAGAUACAUACUCAUGUACACCGUGCACCUGUCAUCAAGGAAAGAGUGUGUGACAGUCCCUCCCUCUCUCCGUCUGUGGAUGAGGCCAACACUCCUCUGCAGUCACAGCCCAGCAGCUCGGCUUCCAGCUCACCAGAAAGACUGGGAUUGGUGUCAGCUGAUGCAGAUGUUGCACUGACCAACACGGCUGCACCCAUCAAGAAAAUAACAAAGGACAAAGAAGACUCUCCGCUGGGACAAGCUUUACCCCCCGGCUUUCCUGCUCCAUUCCUGUUCGCUGACGGCCUGUCGUCUGUGGAGACCCUGCUCACCAACAUACAGGGGCUGCUGAAGGUGGCGGUGGAGAACGCCCGAGCGCAGGACAAACAGAUCCAGGCGGAGAAGCGAGAGCUGAAGAUGGAGCUGUACAGAGAAAGAGAGAUGAGGGAGAGUCUGGAACGACAGCUCACUUCCGAGCUACAGAGCCGAGCCUCAAUCCAGAAGCGUCUGAAGAAGGAGAAGAAGGCCAAGAGGAAGCUGCAGGAGGCUCUGGAGUUCGAGUCGAAGAGGAGGGAGCGGGUGGAGGACGCUCUGAAACACUCGUCCUCGCCCUCUCCAGAGCCGCUGCACGUCGCCAACAACAGCAAGAACGAUGCUGCUGUAGCUGAGGAUAAACCUGAACUUAAUGGAAACCAGCAAGACAACGGCGCUGUACAAGACUCCCGACCAUUUCUGAAGACCCCCAUGAUGUUUUAGAGAGACUCCAGAAGCCCUGCCUGCCCCCCCCCCACAGCACAGAAGUCCUCCACCAGCCUGUUUCCACAUCCUCCGUCACCUUGGCAACCACCUCCCCGGGCGGGAUUCGAUCCUUACUAACGCGCAACCUUUUUGGCGUUGCCACAACAAAGCGAAGACUAGAGACACGCCUCUUAUUUGGACUUGUUCUAGGGGUCGUCUCGCCACCUUUUCUCCUUUUUAAACAAACUUCUCUCCACUCACUCCUCUCCUCCUCACUACAGCACCCACUCGCAUCCCUGUUGUAGCUCUGAAACUGAAACCUAAAAGUGAUUCUGAGGCAAAGGUGAGGAAAAACGAAAAGUCAGGACGAAGAUCAGCAGACGCCGUCGAACUGUUUGAUUGACAGCUGAGGUUUUUUAAAUGGUUGGUGCUGACUAGACAAGAAUGGUUUUAUGAAAGGACAAAGUUCUUAUUUAUGUCCCCUAAUGAGACAGAGAGAAAGCUUCAGCCUCCUGUCUGAACGUCAGAGCUUCACUCGGCCUCACUGGCUGUCGGCAACAGAGGAGCUCAGGAGUGGAAGAAAACCUGUACAAAUUUAUAAGGAAUAAAAGUUAAGACAACUGGAGGAUAACAACUUGAGGCUAUUUCAGUCUCUUGUGUUUCAUUCAUUUUUGUUUUUCCAUACAGGGACUGAAAAGAAUGCAUGGGAAAAUGUUGUUAUGUUGUCAUUUGGCUUAUUUUAUCCUCCGUACACUCUUCACCCCAACUGCUUCCCUGUCUUUUACUCUUCCUCCUUUUAGAUUCCUUCCUUUUCCUUUUCCUUUUUCUUUUUUUUUUAUCAGCGCUUCACUUUUUUGCUGAAUUCUCUUCUUUUUGUUGACUUAUUUCAAAUCAGUUUCUCUGUAAGGAGGCAUUACUUCUAAUGUUGGAUGCAGCUUUUCAAUGUAUGAAGUAUUUUCUAUCACCCCUAACCUGUGAAAUCAGUUUCUGAAACAAUGCAAAAGAAAGAAAAUUAUGACAAUGGAGUGAUUUUUAGACAAAGCAUAUUCUAAAGGUACGAACUCUCCUCCUGGACUUUGCCUUUUCAUCGUUCCUAUGACCCUCGAAGUAGAAGUCGGGUUUCUAGUGUUUGUCAAAUUAAAGACAAGGAGCACUUGAUCUGUCCAAAUAGAGUUUUUUAAAGCAACUCCACUGAUGAAUUGCCACAUUUUUCACCAGUUCAGUAAAAUUUAUGAGCUUGGAUGAAUUUGAGAUUGUUCUAAAAACAAGCGCUUCUCGUUCACCUCAAACACCAGAAAUGUUUGAAUCCUCGUUUUCUGACAUACUAAGAGUGCAGACUGUUGUGUUGCAGUUUUGUUUAUUCCACUGCGUGUUUUAUUUGUUUAUUACUAUUUGAAACGUGUACGGGAGGAAAGAGGGAGGGUCUGGGUUUGGGGUUAAAGUGAUAUUCUGUGUAGAUAAAAACAACAUUGAGCAUUUCCUUCCGUUCUUUUAUUUUAUUGUUUCUCCUGAUGAUCUCUCAAAGUCUGUCACUGUUCUCUGAGUUUGAGCUGACUGCAAAUAUACAGUAUAAUAAUGA